AUGCGGAAGCUUACCCCUCGGUUUAUAGGACCUUACCAAAUUCUUAAGCGUGUCGGUAACAUAGCAUAUCAGAUCGCGUUGCCUCCGUCUCUUUCUAAUCCUCAUAGUGUCUUUCAUGUGUCUCAACUUCGCAAGUACGUUUUCGAUCCGUCGUACGUGAUUGAGUCAAACAAGGUCCAAAUAAAAGAGAAUCUAACUUUUGAGACCUUACCGCUACGGAUUGAGGACCAAAUGAACAAAGAAUUAAGGGGUAAGACGAUUUCAUUGGUUAAGGUUGUCUUGGGAGGUGCUACUGGUGAAAGUGCUACGUGGGAGGUCGAAAGCCAGAUGCGCGAUUCUUAUCCAGAACUAUUUCCGUCAG